UGACGCAUUCAGUGUUGUCAGAAAAAUGUAAUGAAAUGAUGUAAAAUAAGGUAAAGAAGGACAUGUUUUCACUGAUUGGUUAAAACAUGUUGGAUUUGUGACGUCACAGAAUUCACCCUCUGCGGACUGAAUUUAUCUGUCAGCAAACCGUCUCUUUAAUCACUUAUUACACAUGAAAUCUUCUUAUGUCCCACCGCUCCUGAAGGCACCACCCGCCAGUCGUCAGGGGGACUGUUGCUAUGGUGACUGUCGCGGCAGAGAGUUGUGUGUGUGUGUGUGUGUGUGUGUGUGUGUGUGUGUGUGUGUGUGUGUGUGUGUGUGUGUGUGGCUCACUAACAAAGUUUUUACCAAAAGUUUCUGAAGAAAUGGCGACAAAGACCCUGAACCCACUGUCAGUGGAGGAGGAGGAGCAGAAGGAGGAGGAGGAGGAGGAGCAGGAGCAGGAGCAGGGAGCAGAGUGGAGCCUGGAGACUAAGGUUCCAGUGAAGGUGUUACGAGGUCACAGCGACGCCGUCACCACCGCUCGAUUCUGCUUCAACGACAGCCGCAUCCUCAGCUGCUCCUUCGACUGCAGCGCCAUCCUCUGGGACGUGGAGAGCUGCAGACCUCUGAGGGUGUUUGAUGGAGUUCACAGUAAAACCAUCUCUGAGUGCGCUCUGAUCCCCAACACCAACAGGAUGGUCACUGUCUCCUGGGACAGGAUGAUGGUGUCCACAGACGUGGAGACAGGGCAGACUCUGUGGAGGUGUAGGCAGGACGGCCUGCUGACCUCCUGCAGCUCAUCGUCUGACGGCCGGCUGCUCGUCUGUGCUGCAGAUCCACAGAACGUUGUCUCCAUCAGUGACGCAGCGAGCGGACAGACGCUGCUCCGCCUCAGCGAUCACCACAGCACCACCAUCACACGGUGUCGCUUCGACCCUCAGAGCCAGCGAGUGGCCACGGUGUCCGGAGACCGCCGCAUCAAACUGUGGGACCUGCUGGCUCAGAAAACCACUCUGUCCAUCAACAGUAGCCAUAGAAACAACGUCUCUGACUGCUGCUUCACCAACAACGGACACUUCCUGUGCACAGCAUCAUGGGAUUUGAAUUUAAAGCUGUGGGACCUGCAUGCAGGAGGGUUUCGAUCUCGCGGUGUAGCGACGCUGCAGGGAGGCCAUGACGGCUGCGUGAGCUCCUGCAGCUUCUCUGCUGAUGCCGACCUGCUGGUGUCUGGCUCCUAUGACAGGACUGUUGCACUCUGGGAUAUGCCCUCCCUCUGCCAGACUCUCAUCCUGAAGGGCCACAGUGAUUGGGUGACUGAUGUGUCAAUCAGCUCUGACAGGAAGUUGGUGGCCUCUGCCUCCAAGGACGGGACUGUGAGGUUGUGGAACAUCGAGAACAUGGAGGAGAUCCCAGAGGUCAUGAAGAAGAGGAGCACAGAGGGAACAGGAGUCCACAUCCUGCAGUGUGAGGAGUGUGGGAAACCGUUUCCAGUGUCCAGACUACAGACCUCCGAGCUGCUGACUCAGUGUGUCGUCUGUCGACUCAAAUCACCCUCCAGGUACCGACCGCAGCCUCCGUCGCUCAUGUGACUUCC